AUUUUUUCCUUUUAUUUCUCCUUAUACCUUAUACUUCAAUUAAUUAAUUUUAUCUCAAUAAUUAAAUUAAAAAUGGUUCGUAAUGUGAAAGGUGAAUCAACCAGCAGUAAAAAUAACGGCGUUAAUAAUAACAGUAAUAAUAAUGAAGCGGAAAAUGGUGAUAAUGAUCCAAACGCCGGAGGCUUGGAACGUAGGGUUCUUAGGUCACGUUAUCUUGCGGUUAAGAAUAUGAUCAGUGAUAAGAGAGAUGAUAUAACAAAGACAAAUUCAGAUAAUUUUAAGUCAAUUUUUGAUCAAGUUGAAUCCUUGCAUCAGCUAGUCCAGAAGCCUCGCGAACAAGUUGCCGAUGCUGAGGCCCUGUUGGAUAUCGCUAACACGUUAAUGACAUCGGUGAAAUCCCAGAGUAAUGAAGGAGUGACUGCAGGUGAUUUUGUAUCAUGUAUAUUAAAAGGAUUUGGACGAAUUGGAGGAAGUGAUGGAGAUGAAGGAAGUAGGAACUCUGUUAUGUGGAAGAAAGUUGGUAUUGCGGUAUCCCAUGUUUUUUGCAGGGGUGAUGGGUGUUCUACAAUGGUUGGGCCAAUGAAUUCUGAAGUCAAGCAAAGAAAAGCCAUUGUGCAUCGAAAGCAUUCAAGACCAACUGAAAAAGCCCGCCCUGAGGAGCUUGCAGCCAGUGCUACAGAAGAGAAGACGGACACAGAUAAGAACAUGGCAACCAUGUUUAAUGUGCUGAGAAAAAACAGAAAUGUGAAGCUGGAAAAUCUAGUGUUGAACAGAACUUCCUUUGCACAAACUGUUGAAAACCUCUUUGCAAUGUCUUUCCUUAUUAAAGAUGGCCGGGCUGAAAUAAGGGUUGAUGAAAAGGGAACUCAUCUAGUUUCGCCAAGAAACGCCCCAAAUGCGAAUGCUGUUGCUUCAAAGGAAGUUGUCUAUAAGCACUUUACCUUCAGAUUUGAUUUCAAAGACUGGAAGCUGAUGUCUGAUGCUGUUGCUGAAGGAGAGGAACUUAUGCCCCACAGAAAUCAAGUAGAUACAAUGCCCAAUUCUCAGCGAGAACCUAUUGAUUCUGUGCCCACUACACCAAUUAGGAAAUUUUCAAGGAACAGAGGUCUUGUGCUACAAGAACAAACUGUUGUUGAAGACUCUCCUGAAAGUAGUGACUCAGGAUCAAGAAGUGUCCGUAAAAGGAUGCGAAGGGUUAGGUAAAAGGUUAGCCGCUUGCGAUCAUGCAUUGUUUAAGUGGAGUAAUAUUUAUGUAAAUCGAUAGCUGUGAGUUCCUGUCUAAAUUUUUGCUAACAUUACUAGUUUUGGAACUGUUAUAUAUUAUAGUCUGUUACUGAGUUAAGGCUUUGUUUUAGCUGCUUUCUGUACUUUACUUCAACUUCUUGUUGGUAGGAAAUCAGAUCAUGUUUGCAAAUUAA